AUAACAGAGAGCUGACGGGACGAACCACAUUCUCAGAGACGGCGACAGACAGGAAGUUUACAGCCACACGAACCCUCGUUCAGUCCCGAAAACCUCGACGUCUCUCGGUUUGACCUCCGUGUCUUGUUUGGAGACUUAAAGCGGGACGGAAGGCUAGAGUACCAGGCAUCCGAUUAGACGCGCUGGCUCACCGGGCUGGAGUCCAACUUGAGCCGGACACUUUCAGCUGGAUGCGCGCUCGACUUCUUUCCAACAAUAAUAACCGCUUUUGUGAAGAUUACGUGUUUCGUAUGAAUAGCUGGUAACUCUUAGACUCCAGCAGGAUUGUUUUUGUUUAUAAUUGACUAAUAUAAGUAAGCUGGAACAGUCAUUUAGACUCGAAUGUGAUUUAUCUACUCAGCUGGCUGGGCAGAUAGUUUGUUUACGGAUCACAUUAGUCCACUGAAAAGAUUGGCUACAUAAUUUGUCUAGCAGUUUCGCUUUGUUACCAGUAUAGUUACAUUUUUAAGUCAAGCCAGCUUUCCUGCCACCAGAAAUCUCUUUCUUUGCCAGGUCUGAUAGGGCUUGGUUUGUACGCCUAUGCAUAUUGUUUUGCCAGCAAACCUGCCUGAGUUCUGGACUGGUUAGGUCUUAGUGCCAGUGUUCUAGGAGUUUAUAAAGGGAGGAAACCCCACUGAACAUCUUUGUUCAUCUGAUCUCAAGCCAGUCUGCUGUGGCUUCAUACAUCUAGCUUUUUUCUGUUGUUAGGUCUGUUUUGGUGAGGCUCAAGCUGGCGGAAAGGUGAUAUUUUCUGCCUGAAUCCUCUGAAUUGAGCUGACUGAUAGCUAUGACAUUUUCCAACAGUUGUUUUGUAUCUUCAGACUUCAUUAUUAUAAGUUCCUGCACUUGGUGCCAAUGCUGCCUCAGUAAUAUUAGCUAACAGAUGCUCAGCUCACACCAAAAAUUAGUUACGGCAUAUCCAGUUGUGACAGCAUUUUUACUAGUUAGGUAAUUUUUCUACAAGUGUCAGUCGACUUGGUAGCUGGUUCAAAACUUAUCAAACUCAAGAGAUAAGUCAUAAUACAGUUUGUAUCAAGCCAGUUUGUUAACCUGAGUAAGGCACGUGUAUUUUUGUAAAAUCAUCAGCUCAUUUAAUAGGUCCUGGAAAUACGAGUCAAGUUUAGUGGCAAUUAGCAAAUUUUUCUCAUAGCUAACUAAAGAUGUCAGGACAGUCUAUCACAGAUCGCAUCGCUGCGGCCCAGCACAGCAUGACUGGAUCAGCCAUCAGCAAAGCCGUCUGCAAGGCCACAACGCAUGAAGUCAGUGGACCCAAAAAGAAACACCUUGAUUAUUUGAUCCACUGCACCAAUGAGAUGAAUGUGAAUGUGCCCCAGCUGGCAGACACUCUGUUUGAGAGAACUACCAACAGCAGCUGGGUUGUGGUCUUCAAAGCUCUCAUCACAACACACCAUCUAAUGAUGUAUGGAAAUGAGCGUUUCAUUCAGUAUCUGGCCUCAAGAAACACCCUCUUCAAUCUCAACAAUUUCCUUGAUAAAGGUGCAUUGCAAGGUCAUGACAUGUCCACAUUCAUCAGGCGGUACAGCAGAUAUCUGAACGAGAAAGCCCUUUCCUAUAGACUGGUGGCUGUUGACUUCACCAAAAUGAAGCGGGGUAUUGAUGGAGUCAUGCGCACCAUGAACACAGAGAAGCUGAUCAAAACGCUGCCUAUCAUUCAAAACCAGCUGGAUGCACUGCUGGACUUCCAGGCCAAUCCUAACGAGCUGACUAAUGGUGUGAUCAACACUGCCUUCAUGCUGCUCUUCAAAGACUCCAUCCGUCUGUUUGCUGCCUACAAUGAGGGCGUUAUCAACCUGCUGGAGAAAUAUUUUGAUAUGAAGAAAAACCAGUGUAAAGACGCUUUAGACAUCUACAAGAAGUUUCUAUACAGGAUGACUAAGCUGUCAGAGUUCCUCAAAGUGGCUGAGCAAGUUGGGAUUGAUCAGGGUGACAUCCCAGAUCUCACUCAGGCUCCCAGCAGUCUCCUAGAGGCUCUCGAGCAGCACCUGGCCUCUCUGGAAGGAAAGAAGACCAAGGAGCUCUCUGCCGACAACAGAGCUAGUACUUUGUCCAAUGCUGUGUCGACCCUGUCCAACACGGGAAUGUCCUUCAGCAGAAUGGACGAGAAGGAGAAACAACAGGCCCUGGAGGAGGAGCAAGCUCGUCUGCAGGCGCUAAAGGACCAGCGUCUGAAGGAGAUUGUCACGCAGAGUCCCUCGGCCUCCCCCAGCACACAGUCUUUGAGCAGUGCCAACAACCACACCGUGGGCAUGGACCUAUUCACCAACACCACAAGCCCACCUUCCAAUCACAGCAUGCCAAACCUCAGCAGUGACCUGUUUGACCUCCAGCCUGCCUUCAUCCCUGCUGUGCAGAGCACUCCUAUCUCCACCACAGGCAGUGCCUGGGGAGUCUCAGGUCUAGAGAGCAGCACUCUUCACCCCAUGGCUUCCAUGCCCACCAUGAAUGUAGAUUUUGAUGCUGUUUUUGGGACUAAGGCUUCCAAUAGUGACGUGAAGCCCUCAGCUGGUUAUGAUGCAGUAGACUUGUUGAAGCCCUCGGUGACGGUUCACAGUCAGGCUCCUAUAAUGCCGGCGCAUUCAGGCAGUAAACUGCUGGCCAAUGACCUAGACUCCUCUCUGGCCAAUCUCGUAGGCAACCUGCAGUUUGGGGGAACACCAGGCAAAAAGUCUGAUAUGCAGUGGACUCAACCUGGAGAGAAGAAGUUGACCGGUGGCACUAACUGGCAUUCAAAGACCAUGAGCAGUACCACUGCUUGGAGCCCUGCCCCCCUACAGCCUGCUGCCAUGCCACCUACAGCCAUGCCCGUGCCACACAUGCAGACUGGAAUGUUCUAUACUGGUUAUGCUCCUGCUCCCAUGGCGUUUCCGAUGACAACACCUCAAGUGCCUGUGUAUGGAAUGGUCCCUACUCAGCUGGGACAGAUUGGAGGGGUUCCAGUGAUGACCCAGCAGCCCAUGUUGUACAACCAGCCAGUUCUCAGACCCACUAACCCCUUCACCCCCAUCCCUGGAGCCCAGAUGCAGUUCAUGUAGUAGCACUUCAGCGAAGUGCCAAACAAGACUGCUGAAAGCAUCACAGAGCCAGUGAGAGGAGGAUCCAACUACCACCAAAUAAAAGGGAGAGACAGACAAAAAGAGUGCAAAUGGAGAGGAAUGUGUUUGUGUCGAGAAUGCUUACCUCAUUGUCUGAAAUGGCUCAUCCAACACACACAUACACGCACACCAAACAAGUGUUUCAUUUUUCAUCUCUAGAGCUUCAUUUCUUUCCUGGGGCACUGUGUCUACUGGCAGGUGUGAUACAUCAUGGGAAUCGUGGCUUUUAUUGCCAGUAGUAAAUAACCAUUCACCAAGAACUCUCUUUUACUUAAGAAUUAGUAUGAAUUGGAUAUGAAGCUCAGCACAGAGGACUUAGUUUUACUGUCACUUUUUGCUCGCUAUUACUAAGAUACCUGUGCUAUUUUCAUGACAAAGAUAGAUAUGUUACCAUAAAAAAAUGCCCUUAACCUGCACUGGCCAAAGCAGUAUGUGUAGGUUUCUAGAUCAUAAAUGUCACAUAUAUUUGAAUGGCUCAUUAAUGCAAUGCCCAACACAAGAAAAUAAUUUGCGACCCCUUAUAUAAGGUGCUCAGUACUCAGCACUUUACACAUGCAUUUAUGUGUAACAGGAAUAUAGCAUUGAGCUGGUCUCUUAUAUCUAGAACAUUAAUAGUAUAAUGUUAACAAUUAAUACAUCUCACUGUUACUGAUAGCUUCUGUUGUAAAUGGUCAGUCAAUCCUUCUGUGUUCAUACUGGUUUGGGGGUCGCUUUUUCAGACAUGGUGGUCUUGCACAUACACAAACACAUGCAUCAGACUGGACGUGUUACAUAAAGAGCCCCCUCUCACUUUCCUCCCACCUUGUUUUGUCAUUCCCAAGACACCGAUAAACAUAUCUGCUCCUGCUCUGCUGUGUGUUAAGCAAGCAUGUCAUGCAUUUAUAACUACACCUCUCACUCUGAGGUCACUCCCACCUCUACCACCCAGAGAGAGAGUGUGUGAAAGAAGCAUUGGAGAAGGGUACAGGGCAUCUAACCCUAUUGAAUAAACUCUUAAUUAGGGUUUUCUUUCUUUUCUUUUUUUUUUUUUUUUUUUCCUGGAAGCAUGUUUUAUUUUAUUUAGCAGAAUAUGAAAACCAUGGUCUGUGUUAUAUUGCCAAAUUAUGUACAUUUAUGAUUGAGUUGUUGAAAUGCCAUAAGCUAUCCAGUGUACUGCCCCUGACAUCACUGUACGGAGGGGUGCACUUAUCAGUGUUUGCCAAUGUUUGAACCAAAAUCAAUAGCUUAAAAUCAGUUUUAUGCAGCUCCUCAAUGUGAGGCUCUGUUAACCAGGGUAUCUUUAUUUUGCUUGUGCAGCCAAAGCACUUUCUGUCCUCCUGACAUCCCUUUUACCCUUAAUCCAGCCUUCAUGUCAUCCUGUAAUUCCUGCUUGAAUACAUUCUUAUGGUGUUCAGUGAUAUUGUUCAGGCUUUCUGUAUUGAACAGAGAUGUGGCCAGUGGUUGUGCGGUUUUAAAUGAGGUUUAUUUGGUGUCGUUAAGAAGUCUCUCUUUCUUUACGCCUCCAUUUCCCUCAGGAAAGAGAUGGCCAAGGCGAGGAGUGUAUGCAGUAUGGCAACUGUUCAUUCAGAAGCAGGGAAAAUGUUGUAGCCCCCUUUAGAACUCUUGUCAUGUUAUAUCUGUUUAUAAAAUGUGCAUUUCCAUUGUAAUCUCAUCAGUCAUGUGCGUUACAGUCUUAAAGGAAUGUUUUGAGUUCAAUACAAAUUAAACUCAAUCUACAGCAUUUGUGGCAUAGUGUUGAUUCACCACAAAAAUAAAGCUCAUGCCUUGUUUAUUAAAAAAAUAAAUAAAUUGCAGUUACAGUAAGGCGCAUAUUCAAUAGAAGUGAAUAGGGGGCAGUCUAUCAACAUGAAAUCAGAUCACAUCAAUUCAGAAGUACAGCCUAAAGAUGAGAACAUUAUAUGCAUUUACAUGAUUUUACUGUGGAAAAAAAUCGCUUGCAUACCAUAACUGUUUGAAGUUAUAUCCAUUACCAGGAUUACAAGGUUUCGUUGUUAUAUCAACAAAGUUGAAUAUUUAAAUAUUGAAUAUAAACUUAGACAGGUAAGGUUAGUAAGCGAUACCUAUAGUGAUGUUUAUUUUAACAUUUACAGACUGGCCCCAAUCACAUCCAUUGUAACUGUGUAACCAUGAUGAUAGAUAGAUAGAUAGAUAGAUAGAUAUACACUGUGUAUAUAUACAGUAUUAGGUGUCUUUAACUACUAUGUACUUUAGCAUGUGAUACAAUGCACUUAUUGUUUGCAUUCGUGAUGAUGCCUUGUACUUGCAGUUAAAGUACCAGCAUUUAUUUACAUUUGUAGUUACACUGUUAACCUAACCCUACCCUUAACCUUACUCAAACCUACACGCUCAGUAUCUCAUCCUCAGUAGCAGAAAAUGUUGAUCUUGUGAGAAUUUAGCAAAAAACAUGUAGUUACAAAAUAAUAACUAUGUAUUUUAAUGUUAGUACAUAUAAAAGACAUCUAAUAUAAAGUGGGAUCUUUUUUUUAUAAACGAGGGGCAAGUUUAAAUUAUUUGUGUGGUGAUCAACAGUAUGCCACAAAUGCUGUUGAUUGAGCUUCACUUGUAAUGAACCCGGAAAACAUUCCUUUAAAAGUCAGAUGAUUCGUCAAAAUCAACAAUGCAUUUAUUUAUUUUUUGAAAGAUGUUUUAAUGGACUGAAUGAGAUCGGGAACGGGUGGGGAAAAAAGGCAAGUCUUCCCCCUCAUUAAUUUUCUUUUGUUGUACUGACGUCCUUGGCAGCAUACAAAUUGUGUGCCAUUGUUGUGGUACCGCUUUAGGUAGUGGCCUCUCAGAAUCAAUGUUUCAGCAUGUACAGCAAGUCCUGGACCUCUAGUGGGGAUUUUUAGUGUAAUAAGUUGGUGUUCAGUGUCCUUUUCACAUUCGUGUUUUUCGGGGAGCUGUCUGGCUCCUCUGACUUCAAAAGAUGUGCAUGCUUUUGUUAUAGAUCCAAAUUAUUGUUAUCAUUUGCCUGCUGCAUCAUGUGUUGAGUGUGUGUGUAUUUCUGCACAUACAUUCUUAUUUUCAUAUUUUUAUCCUUUUAUUUUUCUAUUCCUGCAUUUAUAUUUAUAAUCCAAGGAGAUAGAACAAAUCUGCAGGAAUUUAGUAAGAGGCCACAAAGUGUAAAAGUGCACUUUUUACGAACCAAAGCUACUUGGAUAUAUAAUUUUUUUAUUAUCAUUAUUUUUGUAUUUUUUUUUUUUUUCAGUAUUUGCUGCUGAUGUUUUUUUUUUAGCUUUUUACUGCUGUUUAUUUACUGCAUUUAUAUUUAGAAGCAUAGUCAUUCCUGUCUAUCAGCCCUAGGGAGGAAGGCUGCAAUUUUUUUUUUCAUUCAUCACCAAAUGCGAAUAAAGAAGAAUGCAAACCUCCAUGUUUAUGCUGAUUUCCCAACUGUACUAUUGUUUUAAGCUGUCAAUAAGUAUUUUAUUCAUCAUUGGUGAAAAUGUAGAAAUCAUGGGAUUGUUUCAUUUUGACUUUUCAUUUUUGUCUGGCUUUCAUUGACAUAAAUAGUCAUUUUUCAGUAAGUUGUUGAGUAUGUGUUUUUAGUUCUAUUGUCUGCCAUAUGAGACAUCCGAUUCACCUCAUUCACUUGAAGCCACAUUAAAUCACAAGCAGGAAGCGAUGGGAGUUCAUUAUGGCUGCGUUUGGAUGAUUGGUUCUUUGUCUUUUGUUUUUCUCUCACCUUUUGAAAUUGCACUUCAUGCCUGCUCACGACCCAUUAUGCAGAGUUUUUAAUGAAUGCACGUUUUAAAUACCUGGUCAAAUUUGUGCAGUGCUGUCUUGUAUUUCCAUGUCUGUCAAUGUGAGUUCUGUUGAAUCUCAUGGGUUCUCCACCUGAUUAUUACUUUGUAGCUUUUUUUUAGAGAUGGACUCAGCUAGGAACAAUCAACCAAUGUUUCUUUGUCUUCUGUUUUAAGAUUUUGUGAAAUCAAAAUAAACAGGAACUAAAGCUGGUUCUAAUGUACUGAAAGAGAUGCUGGACGAAAACACGAUGCAGUUUGUUGGCCUUUUUCCCCCACUUUGGAGCAAGUCGCACCAGGUUAAACUGAUUUGGCUGUUCCAUCCAUCUACAUGAUGAAAUGGUCCACUUUGUCUCUAGAGACUUAUAUGGUCAUGUUAAUAUUACACUUUAACACUUAGAAAUGAUUUGGCAGACAUCAAGAUGUUUCUAGGACUAUUUUUUUAAAAUAUGUGGCCAGACAUCCAAUCUGAUUUUAUUAUUUACUCUCAAAGCUCAGUCACAGAGCAGGCACAUCCUGGUUCUCCUUCAAAUAUGUCAUGAUGGGAAAAGGGCAUCAGACAUUAUGGCACUUGUACAUCAUCUCUAAGUCAGUAGAAUGCUUUUAACAGUCAAUGGUGAAAACCUUUAAUCUGUAACUAAAUCUGAAACAACCCUCAAAAUGAUCUUUCAUGUUAAACUGCCUUUGGUUUCCCUGUGAGCUUCUUGAAACCUGCAGCACUGGUUGAAGUUAAUGAUCUUAUGAUACCAGUCUCUCCUGAACUCUCUUUGGAACGCUUGCAAUGAGACACUCAACCCAGGACCAAGAGAUUUGAUGGAUUGAACUCCAUUUUGUUUCAAUUGGUUUAAUUUGUACCUGUUUUUCUUGCAUGUUUUUGUAUCUGACAUGCCUGGAAAUGUUUCACAGUUCCAUGUAAUGUUAUAUUAAAUAUGAUGCUGUUUUUGUUUUAGUAAGCAGUUGUUGUAGUGAUGGACGGGUUCUGUGCAUAUCUGUUAUUUUUUAUGGUUUAUCAGUGAUUGGUUGUGCUGAUCUGGUAUGUUAAUUCUUUCUUGCUUUUUGCUUGACUCAGUUUUUUGAAAGUUCUUUCAUUCGUUAUGUCUCGGUCUCUGUUAUGUUGACUAUCUGUGAAGAAAAUGUAUGGUUGCAAGCCUCUAACCUGAGUGAAUGCCUUGUGAAUAAAUGGAUUUAACGCUCGCACUCUCCAGUUUCUUAAUAAAGGACGUUUUUAACAGA